CAACAGCAAAUGCAAAUGGUGGCAGGCAGAGAGAGAGAGAGAGAGAUGUGGCGGCAGUGAAAGUCGCACAGCUGCUCUGCAUUCCUUGGUAAUCGGCAACCGCCAACUGAAACAAUUGUAGCAUAAAAUCCUCAUCCAUUGUUAAUCCUAUAAAACCUUUUCCUCUUCUCUUCUCGUAUAAUUGUCAUAGUAACAAGAACAUGUAUUGAGCAGCGAGCGUUUCGAAAUCGAAACUCGAUAUAUAUAUAUAUAUAUAUAAAUGGCGAUUCAGUUGGAGAACUUAGUGGAGUCGAUAAAGUCGAAGGUAAGAUCUCUGAAGAAGUCGAAGAAGAAACCCUACAUAAAGAUGGACAAGAGCGCUAGCGUGAAAGUGGAGAUUCGCAGCCGCCAGGCCCGCAAGCUCAUCGACAAGACCCUCAAGGUUGCCGAUCGUCCCGGCAAGCGUACUAUUUCCUAAUCUUCUCUCUCUCUCUCUCUCUAGAACUCUCUCUCUCUUUAAAUCUACCUGUGUAGAUAUAGGAAGGCAGGAAGGAGAUGACUGAUUCUGUGUUUGAACACCGAUCUGUAAUCGGUUGGUGUGUGUUGGCGUUUUGGGGGUUUGUAACCGUUUCGGUCUUGAUUUGAAAUGUUCAAAUGAAAAUAAUAAUAUAUUAGUAAUAAGAUUCUCGUAUUAAUCACGGUUUUAUU